UUCGGCAACGCUGAUUGGUUGAUCGCCAAGCCCUGGCUCGGACCAGCUUCUUCCGUUCCAGUUCGCUUAGCCGGCAUUGCGCUUGCGCACCUGAUUUCUUGGUUCCCCAAGUAUGCGAAUGGAGCAAGGGUCGAGUCUUCUUUUACUCGCGCUUGCUCUCGAGGGCUCGGCGUCCUGGCGUCGCCAGGGACAACCCUCGGGUUCUCCUCAAUGGGAAAAAGAGGGCGGUUAAUUUACUCCGGAGGGCGGGAAUGGCUAUCAAGAGAAAGGGUCAAUCGAAAGCCCGAAAUCUGGCGCGUGCAAAAACCAAGCUCCGGCCCACCAGAAGCUGGGGCAACCGCAGAGUGUUACUGGCGUUGGGUCACUGCGGCAAGAAUGACUUGAAGCCCAAGGCGUGGGAGCAGGAGGCUACGACAACUUUGGCUGAGAGUGAUAGGGAAGGCAGAAUGGGGGCGAGCAGGGGCAAGAGGAUCCACGGGUAUGUGAAGAGGGAAGGGAAUGUAAAAGAGGCCCCCAAAUUUGAUUCAAGGGAGACUGCCCUGAAAGAAGAGGAAAGAGGAACUCUAUCCCCAAAGAUGCCACAAUUCUUGGCUUUGGAAGAUGUGGAGUUGGGAGAGUCAGAUGAGAGGGAGGAUAUUUCUGAAGAUGAACAAGCAAGAAGGCAUGUUACUCUGGCUUUUGUUGAGAAAGAUGCCAUGGUAUCCUUGAAGAAAGAUAUUGGGGUAUCCUUGAAGAACUGUUCUCAGCGUCAUUAUAAGAAGAAGAAGAAAAAAAGAUUGGUGAUUAAUCUAUCCAGCUGCCGAUAUGAUAGUGUUCGUCGGGCUGCCCGGCUGUAUGGCUUACGUGAAGGAGGAGACCAUGAUGAUUGGACCCUUUAUUGGACAGAUUUCUCCGUCUCCCUUGAUCGAGUAAUGGAAAUGAAAUGUUACCAGAAGAUCAACCAUUUCCCUGGAAUGAGUGAAAUCUACCGAAAGGACCUGCUGGCCAGGAAUAUGAGUCGUAUGAUAAAGCUUUUCCCUAAAGAAUUCCAUUUUUUCCCUAGAACUUGGUGUCUUCCUGCAGAUUGGGGUGAUUUACAGAAUUAUAGCAGGUCAAAAAAAUAUAAGACUUUUAUCUGUAAGCCAGAUUCUGGCUGCCAAGGAAAAGGUAUAUUUGUUACGCGGUCUGUAAGAGAUAUCAAACCAGGAGAGGAUAUGAUCUGCCAGCUCUAUAUUUCAAAGCCUUUUAUCAUUGAUGGAUUCAAGUUUGACCUUCGGAUUUAUGUGCUAGUGACCUCCUGUGAUCCUCUUAGGAUCUUUGUGUACAAUGAAGGGCUCGCUCGGUUUGCCACAACCUCCUACUCUCAUCCUACUUCAGAUAACGUGGAGAAUAUCUGUAUGCAUUUGACUAACUAUUCUAUUAACAAACACAGUUCUAAUUUUGUACGUGAUGGAAACUCUGGCAGCAAGAGAAAACUAUCUACCUUUAAUGCCUACAUGGACAAACUUGGCUGUGACACUGUGAAAAUGUGGCGAGAUAUUGAAGACAUAAUUAUCAAGACCUUGAUUACUGCUCACCCUAUAAUUAAGCACAACUAUCACACCUGCUUCCCCAACCACAUCAUGAAUAGUGCCUGCUUUGAAAUUUUGGGCUUUGAUAUUCUGCUGGACAGAAAACUUAAACCCUGGCUUCUGGAGGUCAAUCAUUCUCCAAGCUUCUCCACUGAUUCAAGGUUAGACAGAGAAGUUAAAGACAGUCUGCUGUAUGACACCCUUGUCCUAAUCAACCUGGGAGCCUGUGAAAAGAAGAAAGUCCAAGAUGAAGCACGGCGGAGGGCAAGAAUUCUGCAGCAUGUCCGUUCUAGGGAGAUCAGGAUUGAGGAAUUAAAGAACUACCAGGCUAUGUGGCUGGAGAAAAUUGAACGUUAUGAGAAAGAAAAAAGUGGCGGCUUCCGGAGGAUUUAUCCAGAAUUUGGGUCUGAAAAGUAUCAGAAGUAUUUUCAUCACAGCAAUUCACUCUUUCAAAACACAGUGGCCUCCAGAGCCCGGGAAGUACACACCCGGCAGCAGAUCCAGGCAUUACGGCUGAAGCAGGAGAAGAAAGCCUUGUUUCAGCACGAGAAGAAGAAUGAGCUUCAGGGUGAAUCAGCAGGUGAUGGGACCAGGGUCUCUCGCCCAGAGAACACCAAACAAAGAGCUUCUGUGUACAACGCCAGACAACUCUCCAAUUCUUCCAUGUUGCUGCCCUGUACCUCCACCUUGGACUCAGAGUCGAAGCAAAAGGAAACUGAGACUCUGAAAUACCUAGAACCCUCCGACUCUCUUCAGGAGACCCCUAAGCAGGAGGCCGAGGCCACCUUUCCGGAGAAAGCUAGUGUGUGUCACUACAGCUCUGUGCCCGACCUGAGGAAGUCCAUCUUCACCAGCCCAGAAAAGCAGGAAUCCUGGAAUCCCAUCUCCGCAAAUGUUGAAGAAUAUAACUCUUUCCCUGAUUUUCUUGCUUUGAUGGAUACCUCCUCGUUAUUCAGUAGCUGCUCCCAGUCCCCAGAGCCAUUACCAACCUUGAUCUCAUCACCCAGCUCUACAUCAUCUCAUUGCACCCGAGAAGAGGCAGACAGUCCUGUUGAAAUCCCCUUCCAGCCCUUGAAGUUCCUCCAGCACGCCUCCCAGGAGAAGCCAUUGACUUCCACCAAGCCCCACACACGGUGGAGCUUCAUACAGAAGACGUGGAAACCCUCCUUCAGCUCUGAGAGCAUGAAAAAGCAGUUCCUGAUGUCCCAGCUCAUCGGCAAAUUCCCUUUGGGAUCCCAGUUCUUCCCGACCAGCCGCAACCCAAAGCUGUUGCAGAAAAACCAAAAAAAAACCGCCUCCCACUACCGAGCCUGUAGGAACCAAAGUUUGGUACAGAAGAAAACCAAGGAGGCUCCUGGCCCACGGCUGCUCCUCCAGAGAACGCAGAGACAGUGCAAACCUCAGAAGGAACUACUGGUGAUUGCCAUACCAGCCCGGCUUGAUCCGAGGCCGCACAAAAACAGGAGGAUUAUAGGGAGGGAUCAGAGUGGUGGGAAAGCCCCUUCCAGGGGCCCCUCAUUUUCCAGCAAGAAAGCCACCUAGAAUACUAGGUAGGCAAGACUGACUUUUGUCAGAAUUGGGCUGUAGGAAGUUCCUUCUUUGUACCACUGAUGAUACCCACCUAGUAAUACUCACUACCAAACUUUGCCUCAUAGCCUAAGUCAGCAAUGCCAGGAAUUCACUUCACAAAGACCAGAUUCUCCCUGUGGUUGAGGAGGCGAUGAUGAUACUCCUUCCUCGAGGUGUGGUGGAUAGGGACAGAGAUGGAUGGCCCUCUAAAGCAAUAGGUUUGCAGGCGGGCUUGGCAUCCUGAUCUUAUAGGCUGGCAAUAGUUUGAGGAUGGAGACUUGAGAGAAGUUCCCCAGCCUGUUUUAUGGUAGAAUAUGGGGAAAUAAGGAAAAGAUGAUGAUUAAAACCUUAGAGCUUUUUGAAGGAAGGCAGUAUAUAAAGAUUUAUGGGACUUUUUUUUUUUUGGAGGCAUCGCAUAUAUCAGAAGAUGCUGCUAACCCAAUGCCAUCGAGGGGAUGAGGCACGUGCUUUGGGGUUGCUUUCUCCGUAGUGGGAGUGAGUUUUGUUGAGCCAUGAUACACUGAGCAUCUUACCUUGUCCCUCUAGUGACCAACAACACACAUGGCAAGAUGAUCAGGCCAUCUAGAUAAAACUGACCAGCCUUUAAAGAACUCGGAUCCAUGCCAGCUGCCCUCAUCCAUGCCAUGCUUUCAGUGUGGCCUACACUGCUUCUAGGGCUUUCUGGUAUGGAUGGGAAGCUCGUUAGGGCUGGACUUCAUGGGUGGGUUUCCCCUUAAAUGGUGCCACCAGAAAUCCCUGAGUUCAGUCCAAUCUUUGAAGGUUCAGAAACUCGAGUCAGUAGGCCCAGGGAUGAUCAAGUCUUUGGAUGAUCGACUCACUAAACAAAUUCACCAGGGAUUCAUUCAUGAGCUGAGCUGCCAAUGUUUCACUUUUGCUUAUUUCUAAUGGUCACGAGAGCUGACGGGUUGACUGCAUAGGACUUACCCUGAACACGUACAUGGGUUCAUUUUAAGAGACCAGAUUUUUAUGUCAGGAAAUUGUCUGUGAAGAAGGAGUUAUUAGCGCCAUUAAGAGGAAUAAUAAUCAAACCUCUGUGUUUUUAGGAGAGGUAGCAUGGGAUAGUGGAUGAAGGGCCCGCCUUAGUGUGAGAGGAACUUGGGUCCAAGUCCUGCCUUUAUCACAUACCACCUGGGUGACUCCCAAGCCUUAGGCAAGUGGAGUUUUGGCAUUACAGGGGGGAGUUUCAACCUAAAGAGUUCUCCCACACUAAUGAAAUCUCAAGUCGGAACCAAAAACAAGUGUCUAGUGUUUUGUAGUUUUCUCAUUUGAUUAUUCUCAUUGCGCUGAUAAGAAAACCCUGCUGAGAGGCCAACAAGACAAACCCAGGUCUCCUGACUCCCUGGCCACUCAUUCUCCGCCCCCCCCCCAAAGGGAGAAAGGGAAAGGGAUGAGCAUUUAUAUAACACCUUUUGAGGUGGGAGCUACUAUAACCCCCAUUUUACAGAUAAGGAAACUAAGGCAAACAUUAAAUGAUUUGCUUAGGGCCGUACAACUAUUCAGAUUGAAUGUGAACUCAGGCAUAUAUAUGAGCUGUAUAGAUCCAGAUGGGGAAGUGGAUAAAGCACUGGGCUUGAAAUCAGGAAGACUUCCUUAGUUCAAAUCCAGCUUCAGACUCUUGCUAGCUGUGUGACCCUGGGCAAAUCACAUCACUCCAUUUGCCUCAGUGUCCUCAUCUGUAAAAUGAGCCGAAGAAGGAAAUGGCAAGCCACUCUAGUAUCUCUGCUAAGAAUACCCUUACUUGGGUCAUAAAAGAGUUGGACAUAAGUGAAAUGAUUAAACAUAUUUCUGCCUUCUGGUCCUUUGCUCUUCCUACUUGCUGGAGCUAGAGCAGAGGGAAUGGGAUCCUUGAAAAAGAGGCUUCUGUCAGGUUUGCCCUCCCUUCCAUGCCCUGAGGAUAUUUUCUGGCCUCACCAUAUUGUUCCUCCUACACACUUCUAGGAAGCAUGUACUACCAGAUCCUUCUACUCACCUGUGCCAGUCAUCUGUGGUUUGUUUCACUGUCUUCCUACAUUUGUCUUAAUGUCAUCGAUGUCUUUCUCUUCAUCUUCAAAGCACAGUAUAAGAUUUCUAAACUUA